GAAAAAUGUAUGAGGAUAGGUUUUCUGUUUUAAAAUAACAAAAAUGUGUAUAAAAACAAUGUUUGAUUGUAAAUAAUUAAAUUAGUAACCAAGAACUUGAAAGUGUGUAACUGGUAAAUUAAUAUUCUAUCAAUAUUAGAUUCAUACAAUAUAAUCUCCAUUAUCCGGCAAUUCUUUAUGUUCAACUGACAAUAGUUCAUUAAUUAAAUCAAAUGAAAAAAUGAUAGAAGAACCACUAUUUGAUGAAUAAUUUGAAUUGAUCUUCUCUAAUUUAGACAAUUAGGAAUACUAUAGAUAAACUCUUGUAUUUAAUACUUGUAUAACAUUAAUAGAUAUUUUUUAGUAUAAGAAUUAAAAUAAGCAAUAGCAAGGAUUAAACAAUCAUAUGAUGGAUUAGUUAUGCCCAUAAAUGAAAUUUAAAUUGAUAAAGAGUUUGAUGACACCUAUAAGUUAAGAAUAAUUGUAAUUUAAAUUAAGUAAAAUUAGACUAGAAAAUUUAUUCAUCAUAAUUUUACAAUUAAUAUAAGAGCACUAUGUAGAUUUAUAAAAAAAGUUAUUGAAUAUAAUAUAGCAUUUUAAAGCAGUAAAAUAAUAAUAAUAAUAUAAAUAUAGAUGACAUAAUUUAAUAUUAUGAUGAAUCAAUACACAUCAAUCCAAUAUCUUUAAUGAGAUGUUAAGAUUAAAAGUAGACUUGUUAUUAGUCUCUUAAAUAAUUGUUGAUCUAAAUUAAUAUUUGUGAAAAUAUACAACUCAUUCUUUAAAUAUUGAAAGAUUUUGAAAAUGAAGAUUUAAUAAAAUUAAAAAGUUAUCAAAUAAUGGAUAAAGAUAUCUAUAAGCUAAAAUUGUAGCUUAUAAAUAUUAUUUACAAAAGAAUGUAAAUAUGA